UUUUAUGUACAUCAUCUGUGUCGGUCACUGGGUCUCUCCCAGCUCUGAUGCCACAUUUCAAGGGCAAAAACCUUCAUCUUCACCAACCCAAAAUUAAUGAAAAAACAACAAAAAGGAAGAGAAAGCAAGUGAAAGAGAGAGAGUGAGACACUUUCCUUUUUACUGGUAAUAAAUCUUGCUCGGCUUUUGAGGGUCCAAAUGAUCUCACUCAACAAAACCACAACAUAAUCUCUUUCCCUUACACUUCCCCGUCUCUUUCUUCACCUGGGUUUUAUUUUAAAAAAACAUCCAUUGUGUUAAAUCUGGGUUUUUUUCAACCUUCAGUACCAAGCUACUCUCUCUCUUUCUUGUUUGUGAACUUAGCUUAUCAGUUCCAGAUUCUGUCUUUCUGAGUCUUUUUUUAAACACAAUUAUGAAUCGGUGUCUUGUCUUUUGCUUCUGCAAAUGUCAUAACUGUUAAAAUUCUCAUGUUGGUUUUUGAAACUGCAUUGGAGUUUGUUAAGUUCUUUUCUCCUGUUUCUUCUUUGGAAAAGGAACAACCUUUGCCAUGGAAUGUGAUCCUCAAAGGUUCUGUCUUGGUGUUUUGUUUUGUUUCUUUACACUAGUUUAUAGUGCUACAGAUCCCAAUGACUUGAAAAUCUUGAAUGAUUUCAAGAAAGGAUUGGAUAAUCCAGAGCUACUUAAGUGGCCUGAUAAUGGAGAUGAUCCCUGUGGUCCGCCUCCUUGGCCUCACGUCUUCUGCUCUGGUGAUAGAGUUUCUCAAAUUCAGGUCCAAAAUCUUGGUCUCAGUGGACCUCUUCCUCAAAACCUCAACCAGCUUACAAAGCUCUUUAAUUUGGGGCUUCAAAAGAAUCACUUUAAUGGCAAAGUACCAACCUUCAGUGGUUUAUCAGAGUUAGAGUUUGCUUACUUGGAUAACAAUGAAUUUGAUACUAUUCCAGCUGAUUUUUUUGAUGGGCUUAGCAUUGUACGUGUCUUGGCUUUGGAUUAUAACCCGUUCAAUAAGAGUACUGGAUGGUCUAUUCCUAAGGAAUUGGAAAAUUCAGUUCAAUUGACAAACCUUUCUUUGGUUAACUGCAAUGUGGUUGGACCAUUGCCUGAUUUUCUAGGGAAGUUGCCAUCUCUUGUAGCACUGAAACUUUCUUAUAACAGAUUGUCUGGUGAGAUUCCGGCGAGUUUUGGAGAGUCUCUGAUGCAGAUUUUGUGGUUGAAUGAUCAAGAUGGUGGAGGGAUGACUGGUCCUAUUGAUGUGGUUGCCAAAAUGGUGUCUUUGACACAGCUUUGGCUUCAUGGGAAUCAGUUCACAGGGACAAUCCCAGAGAAUAUUGGGAAUUUGACUUCUUUGAAGGAUCUCAAUCUCAAUAGAAACCAGCUUGUUGGUUUGAUUCCUGAGAGCCUGGCCAAUAUGGAGCUGGAUAACUUGGUCUUGAACAAUAAUCAGCUGAUGGGUCCGAUACCAAAGUUUAAGGCUGGUAAUAUCUCUUAUGCUUCCAAUUCAUUUUGUCAAUCUGAACCUGGGAUUUCAUGUGCCCCAGAAGUUACUGCACUUUUGGGUUUUCUUAGUGGUAUGACUUACCCUUUAAAUCUUGCUUUUCAAUGGUCUGGUAACGAACCCUGUGCUGGGCCGUGGAUGGGAUUGAGUUGCAAUCCAAAAUCUCAGGUUUCUAUUAUCAAUUUGCCUAGACAUAACCUUAGUGGUACACUUAGUCCGGCAGUUGCUAAGUUAGAUUCAUUGAUUGAAAUUAGGCUGGGGGGAAACAGCAUACACGGUACUGUUCCUGACAACUUUACUGAACUCGAAAGUUUGAGAACAUUGGAUCUAAGUGGAAACAAUCUUGAGCCUCCAUUCCCCAAAUUUCGGGACAGCGUGAAGGUUGUCAUCGAAGGAAAUCCUCUGUUGACUGCUAAUCAGACAAAGGAACCUGCUUCCCCUACUGGCAGUCCACCUCCUGCAAGUUCAGAAUCUCCACCAAACGAUCAAUCAGGUGAUACAGAGUCACCACCAUCCAGCAGAUCACCAUCCCCGGAUAGAGAUAAGAAUUCUCAUUCAUCUACUGCUACUGCCAAACAAGUUGAAUCCCAAUCCAAUGGUUUCCAAAGAUUCAAACUGGUAAUUGUGGCUGGAAGUGCAGCUAUUGCUAUCAUGGUUCUCCUAGUGAUUCUAUUUUCUAUAUGCUGUUGUAAGAAGAGAAAAAGAGCUUCUGAGGCUUCUAGUUCCAUAGUGGUUCAUCCUAAAGACCCAUCAGAUCCUGAAAACAUGGUAAAGAUAGCAGUUUCCAAUAACACCACUGGAAGCUUAUUUAGUAAAACUGCAACAAGUUCUGGGAGUAGUAAUAGCAGUGCAACACAAAAUUCUCAUGUCAUUGAGGCUGGAAACUUGGUCAUAUCUGUUCAAGUACUCCGAAAAGGGACCAAGGACUUUGCUCAAGAAAAUGAGCUUGGCCGUGGUGGGUUUGGGACUGUUUACAAGGGUGAACUGGAAGAUGGAACAAAACUAGCUGUUAAGAGGAUGGAGGCUGGGGUUAUAAGCAGUAAAGCAUUGGAUGAAUUUCAGUCUGAAAUUGCUGUACUUUCUAAGGUCCGGCAUCGGCAUCUGGUUUCUCUUUUGGGUUAUUCUAUUGAAGGCAAUGAGAGGCUUCUAGUCUAUGAGUAUAUGCCUCAGGGUGCUCUGAGCAAGCAUCUGUUCCAUUGGAAGAACCUGAAAUUGGAACCUCUAUCUUGGAGAAGAAGGCUCACUAUUGCAUUGGAUGUUGCUAGAGGAAUGGAAUAUCUGCAUAACUUGGCCCGACAAACUUUUAUACACAGAGAUCUCAAGUCUUCCAACAUCCUUCUAGAUGAUGACUUUCGAGCAAAAGUUUCAGAUUUUGGGUUGGUGAAACUUGCACCUGAUGGAGAGAAGUCUGUGGCAACUAGGCUUGCUGGAACAUUUGGAUACCUAGCACCUGAAUAUGCUGUGAUGGGGAAAAUCACUACUAAAGUUGAUGUCUUCAGCUAUGGGGUUGUGUUGAUGGAGCUACUGACUGGAUUGACAGCACUUGAUGAGGACCGCUCGGAGGAAAGCCGUUACUUGGCUGAGUGGUUUUGGCGAAUCAAAUCAAACAAGGAGAAGCUUAUGGCUGCAAUUGAUCCAGCCCUUGAAGUGAAUGAUGAAACCUAUGAGAGCAUUGCCACCAUAGCUGAACUAGCUGGGCACUGCACUGCGAGGGAGCCUUAUCAUCGGCCUGACAUGGGCCAUGCAGUGAAUGUGCUGGCACCCCUAGUUGAGAUGUGGAAACCAGUUCAUGAUGAAUCAGAGUGUCAUUCAGGCAUUGAUUACAGCCAGCCACUUUCCCAAAUGUUGAAAGUUUGGCAGGCAGCAGAAAGCCAAGGCCUGAGCUAUGCAAGUCUGGAUGAUAGCAAAGGAAGUAUUCCAGCGAAGCCUACUGGAUUUGCAGACUCCUUCACAUCUGCUGAUGGUCGAUGAUGGAAGGUAAGCCUACAGCAAGGAAUAAGUUGACCAAUCUGGUUGCCAGUGAUAUGUUUCAGUGCUCUGGGAUACCAUGUCAAACAUCUUCUUUAGAUUGUUGCAUAUGGUACAAGUAAUUUACUUUCGUUUUGUUGAGGCAUGGAACAUGUCUUGUGUACGGUGGUGUAGAUAGAGAGACACUGGUUUCAAUAUUGCUUCAUUAUUCCUUAGGCUGUGUGUCAGUUAUAUUUUUUGUUGCAGUGUAAAGAAUUGAUGCCAUUUGAAGCAAAGUCAAUUUCAGGUCACAGGUACUUCUUGAUUUCAUAA